AUGGGCGACGUGAUGGCGCGGAAAGACCUCAAGUCGCUGGUCCCCCAGCCCAAAUACUACAAAAAGGGACCGUUUACCGUCGAGGUUCCCGGCGCGAAAAAGGUCGAGGGCGAGACGAUUCCCCGCCGCAACGUCAGAGUCAAGGAUGGCCUCAAAUCGACCCCGGAUCCAGAGGUCAAGACCGUGUUUGAUAUUCUCAAGCGAUCCAGCGCCAAAUAUGGCAACGCAAAGGCGCUCGGUAAGCGCAAGUUGAUCCAGCUACACACGGAGAACAAGAAGGUCAAGAAGACGGUCGACGGCAAGGAGACGGAGGUGGACAAGAAGUGGACAUACUACGAACUCAGCGACUACGAAUACAUGUCCUUUAGCGAGUACGAGCAGUUGGCCCUCAAUGUCGGCUGUGGCCUGCGCGCCCUGGGCAUGAAGGCGGAAGACCGAGUGCACUUGUUCGCCGCUACGCACCCUUACUGGCUGGCCGUCGCUCAUGGAGCUCAAUCGCAGAGCAUGCCCAUCGUCACCGCAUACGACACUCUUGGGGAGGAGGGAUUGAAGCAUUCCCUUUUGCAGACCCACGCCAAAGCAAUCUACCUCGACCCACACCUCCUCACCAAGCUGAUCAACCCGUUGAAGGAGGCCAAGGACAUUCAGCACGUYAUCUUCAACGAUGAUGAUUUCCCCACAAAGGUCAACGAUGCUGCUGCUACGGAGAGGGAUGUGAAGAAGCUGAAGGAAGCUCACCCGCACUUGACCGUCAUCAGCUUCUCCGAUUUCAUCAAGAAGGGUGAGGAGAACCGCGUGGGUCCAGUCCCACCUAAGCCCGAAGAUCUGGCUUGCAUCAUGUACACCUCGGGAUCUACCGGCACUCCCAAGGGUGUCUUGUUGACCCACAAGAAUGUCAUUGCUGCUGUUGCCGGUGUGGACAUUGUUGUCGGCGACUACCUCGGACCAGGCGACGGUCUCUUGACCUAUCUCCCCCUCGCGCACAUUCUCGAGUUCGUCUUUGAGAAUGCCUGCCUCUACUGGGGUGGUACCAUGGGUUACGGCAACCCCAAGACCAUUUCCGACGCCUCGAUGCGAAACUGUAAGGGUGACAUCGCAACCUUCAAGCCCACCAUUCUUGUUGGAGUCCCCGCCGUCUGGGAGACUGUCAAGAAGGGUGUGCAAGCUAAGGUGGCCAAGAUGAACCCAAUCGUCCGCAACAUGUUCUGGGGAGCCAUGACCGCCAAGUCAUUCAUGAUGGACAACUCCAACUUCCUCCCACUCGCCGGUCUUGGAACCAGCAUUGUGGACAAUGUCGUCUUCAAGAAGGUGGCCGAGGCUACCGGUGGCAGACUGCGAAUCUGCUUGAACGGUGGUGGUCCGGUCGCCAAGGAGACUCAGCGCUUCAUUUCCAUGUGCAUCGCUCCUAUGAUUUCCGGGUACGGUCUCACCGAGACAGGAGCCAUGGGCGCCAUCAUGGACCCUCUCUCAUGGACCGACAGCGCUCUGGGAGAAAUCCCCGGCUCGAUUGAGAUGAAGCUUGUGGAUUUCGCCGACGYAGGAUACUACUCCACCAACAAGCCUCCACAAGGAGAAAUCUGGAUCCGUGGUGACGCCGUCACUUCUGGCUACCUCGACCUCCCCAAGGAGAAUGAAGAGGCCUUCCAGGACGGCUGGUUCAAGACUGGAGACAUUGGUGAAUUCAACUCGAACGGUGAAUUGAGAAUUAUCGAUCGCAAGAAGAACUUGGUCAAGACGCUGAACGGAGAGUACAUUGCGCUUGAGAAGUUGGAGUCUGUGUACAGAUCUACGACUGUUGUGGGCAACAUUUGCGUGUAUGCGGCGCAGGACCAGAACAAGCCCAUUGCGAUUGUCGUCCCUGCGGAGCCUGCUUUGAAGCAGCUUGCAAAGGAUAACGGAGUUGAUGGAAAUGGAUUGGAGGAUCUGUGUCAUGAUAAGAAGGUCAACGAGGUUGUUUUGCAGGAGUUGCAGGCUGCAGGAAAGAAGGGUGGUCUUGCGCCUUUUGAGAUUGUGACUGGCGUCGUGCUUGCCGAUGAGGAGUGGACGCCGCACAAUGGUCUCACGACAUCUGCACAGAAGCUUCAGCGUAAAGCUAUCAUGGAGAAGUAUCAGAAGGACAUUGACACGGCGUAUGGAAAGUAG